CAGCGAGUUCAGCGGAACGAGACAACAGUGGUGGUGGGUCCCGGCGCUGUUUUUCCGUGUUUGUCCGUGAGUCAGUCCGGCUUAGCGCUGAAUAUACCGCACACAUGGAUUCCGCCUCUUCACCUGCUCUGAAAACAGACGCGCAUCUGCAGCUGAAAGUAGAAAACAGAAAGAGAAACGUGUUUGUCACGCAGUUGGAGGAGCACAGAGAGCAGAUCGAUGAGCAUAUCAAGCACAUCCCGGUAAUAACAGAGUCCUCCAGCGGGAUCCUCGAGACCGGCGUCAACACGCUGCAGACCACACUGGUCCUGAAGAAGCGCGCCGAGGUGGAGGAGCUGCACGCGCGGCUGACGGACAAACGGCAGGAGGUUCAGGGCUGCGUGAAGAUCCAGCAGCGGAGACGAGCCGAGCUCCAGCGGAGACAGACGGAGACGAAACACAGGGCAGCAAAAUUUGAGAAGUUUGUGGAGGAGAACGAGGUGAAACGUCGCCGUGCGCUGAAGAAAUUCCAGAUGGAGAGACAGCAGAAUGAAGUGAAGGAAAAGGAGAAAGCUGAACUGUCCAAACAACUCCAGGACUUAGAAGCAAGGCGUCUGUAUUUACAAGAGCGAGUGAACAAAUACAAGAUAUUCGAGGAGUUUCUGAUGAAGACUCUUGAUUUACUUCCAGACAAGUACGUGGGCUACGGGACAGACCUGGUGACGCCGAUCAUCAGACGCUACGAGACGCUGACCGUCAGCCGGCAGGACCUUCUGCGGCGGUUAUCCAGCCUGACGGACGAGAUGAAGUCCAGCCAGAACCGCCUGGAGUCCCGCAGACAGGAACACAACACGCUUAAACUGAUGACUAACCAGGAGCUGUCGGAGCGGCAGACGCAGCUGGAUCAUAUGAAAGAGAAGAACAAACAGCUGGAAAUGAUGCUUCACAUGCACCUGGGCCAAUCCAGAGACCAGGUGGAGGAGGUGGGGAACAUUAUGCUAGCGGUGAAGAACCUGGCGGAGCAGUGUUACCUGAGUCACUAUGGGUCUCUAGACGUCAUGGACACGUCCACCAUGAUGGACAUGAUAAAGGAAUUCAUGGUGGAGAAAGCCGACAUGGAGCGGAGAGCCAUGAGACUCGUUGACAGCAGCUCUGGGACGGUGAAGAGAGCGACACCGAAGAAAAACACUGCCAGCAAAACCCAGCUGAAGAGCCUCAGCAAGAGCAGCAGCAGAAGCGGAGCGCGGACCGCACUCAAGACGCUGCCGUAGAUCACGAGCGCCUCGCGCGGGACGUCCCGUCGUCUGACACGCUUCAGUCUGAGUGUGCUCGAGUUCAGUGACAGCGUUUGGGUUUAAGGACUCAUUCGCAGCGUUACACACAUUCAGCUCAAUACAUCUGUUUUGAGCAACGUUUCUGAUCACACACUCAUCUGUAGUGUUUAUGAAUGGAUAUCACUCUGGAUGACUCAGGCACUGUCAGAGACGCCAAACUCAAAAC